AUGUCGGCCUCGGAGUAUCUUGGGAAGGCGAAGAUGUUGGUCGAAGCUUUGUCCCUGGCCAGCCAUCGGCUCACUCUUGACGAACAGGUUCUCUACGUGUUGAGGGGUCUUCGUCCGGAAUUCCAGGCAAUGCCGAGUGCUCUCACCGUGACCGGCACACCGGUGACUCUAUCUCAGUUAGGAGAUCUUCUGCAGGCACAUGAUUUCAUCCAGGGAGAUGAAUUCACGAUGGAGUCCGGGAAUGUCGCCCCGACCGCUAUGUACGCUGGUCGUGGUGGCCAGUCGAAUGGGAGCUCCGGACGUGGUGGCCGGCAGAACAGCAACAGUCGCGGCCGUGGGCGAGGAGGCUGGAACUCCGGUGGUCGUGGCCGUGGAAGCCCUCGCUGCCAAAUCUGUAGGAGUCACGGCCACACUGACGUCUUCUGCAACCGGUGCUACACAGAGCCUCCGCCAUCGACGCACGCUCACGUGGCCGUCGCGGGCACUCCACCAGCAGAAACUGCCCAGCCGGAAGUCUGGUUUCCAGACACCGGCGCAACCACCCAUGUGUCACCGGAUGAGCACAUGAUCGGGCAUUCCGAACCGUAUACUGGUGGUGACGUGUUGAAAGUAGGCAAUGGGGCAGGUUUGAAUAUCUCUCGCGUUGGUCGUACAGCUAUCCCAUCUAAUUCAAAAUUAUUAAAUAUGUCAGAUGUUUUAUUUGUUCCGAAUCUGUCAUUAUCCCUGUUAUCCGUUUACCAUUUCACUAACGAAAACAACGUGUUUUUUGAGUUUCAUAAAGACUCGUUUUUUGUGAAGGAUUGCACUACUCGGGAAAUACUCCUUAAAGGCUCCGCGGUAAGCGGGUUGUAUAAGUUGUUGGUGCCGCGGUCUCAUGUUGCGUUCUUAACAGCAAAAGCAUCACCUGCAGUCUGGCAUCACUGUCCUUCUAGGUGCGACUACAGGUGCGACUCUUCUAGCAUUCCAUACUUCGCGGUUGGGAAGAUGCUUUCAACUAUAGUUGCAAUUGGAUCAGCAUCUGGGUCUGGAAUCUCAGCAGAAAUCAAGGCAUCAACUUCCGGUGCAAAAUGUGCCCGAUUCAUUCUUUUGGCAAAUAGCAAUAUGUGCACGUGA